AUGGAGCGGGUCGUAGGCCUCGCACUUGCCUUUUUCCUGAUCUCCCUCCUCCUUGGGUCGCACAACCGUAGAGCUCUCCGCGUUGCUCCAGGCCCUCCGCGACUCCCGAUACUAGGCAACAUACGUCAAAUCUCAGAUGACUAUCAGCACGAGAUGUUCACAGAAUGGGCGAGGAAAUGCGGCGACGUCGUGUACGCACGGUUCCUCACAAAAGCCGUCCUCAUCAUCAAUUCCGCCGAUGCCACACGGGUGCUUAUUGAGAAGUGCAGAGCGAAGUACUCCGGACGGCCUCCCUGCAUGUACAUCCGCGACCCUAUGACGACCGCUGCAGGCGCCAUCGCAGAUAGUUCCAGAAUUGGGUGCGGCCAUGUAGUGACAUCUGUUGGCGAUGCACACAUCCGCAAAGUGGACAAUGGGCUGGGAGGCGUCCUCGAGGCGGACGACCCCGGCUUGAUGUUCGUUGACUUCUUCCCCAUGCACGAGCCGUCCGGCAGCGGCGCGAUAGUGAAGCAUAUACCCACACGUAUGUCCGAUAAUAGCUGGAAAUGGACUGCGAUUCGCCUGCGCCCCGCUAUCAACUCGAUGAACCUCGACCCGUUCAGGGCGGUCAUGGAGGUGAUGGUGCGGGACCAUCUCUUCAUUUCAUACCGCUAA